AUGAAUCUAACCUAUAAUUUAAAUAGGUUUACUGGUAAAAACAGAGGGAUCAAAGGCAAACAAAUGAGAGAAAUAUACAAAAGGGGUAUAGAACGCAUAAUAACAUAUGCUUCCCCAAUUUGGUACAGAAAUACAACGACCAUAGUUAAAAAACUAACAUCUAUUCAAAGAAAACCUCUAUUAGCACUAACAAAAGCCUAUAAAACAGUGGCUAAUACUGCACUAAAUGUUUUAGCAAAUAUACCUCCAGUGAAUUUAAGAAUAGAGAAAGAAAUUGAAAUUCUGUCAACAUUACAAGGAAUUACCAAUCCGGACAACUUAAAUCCAUAUAUACAGAAAAUUAAAGAAAUGUUUGGUGAAGUAAAUAAGGACCACAAAAUAAUAUUAACGUUCAUAAAAGGUCAUAGUGGAAAUAUGGGCAACGAAUAUGCAGAUGAUCUAGCUAAAAAGGCCAUACGAUGUGGUGAAAAAAUAGAUUUACCCAUAUCCAAGAAGUUCAUUAGUAGCCAGUUAAACAAACAAAUGUAUAAUAAAUGGAAUACUCAAUGGAGUCAAGAAGCUAAUUAUCAUAAAAGUUAUAUCAGAGAUUGGAUUAAAAAUAUCACUGAAAUUCCAACCUUAUUUUUGGCCAAUCACAAUAUUUCACAAUUUAUGACAGGCCAUGGCCGGUUUCCGCACUACCUGCAGAGGUUCAGAAUCAGACAAAACAGGAUGUGUACUUGUGGAGAAGAGGCGGACUCAUUCGACCAUUAUUUAGAAAAGUGUGAAAUAACUAGGAAUUACCGGGAUAAAUUAAAAAUGAAAUUUGGACAUAGAUACAGUAAGGAAAAGAUCGAACUGCUAAAGGACAAAGGCACUUUCAAUUUUGGAGGAGAUGGUUGA